GAACGCCGCCCCCAUCGUCGCUAUCCCUGAAAUCUCCCCAGCAGCAACGGAGGGCAAGAGGCACACACAAGGCUUGCGCAAAAACCGAUAUCCAUGCCCUCAUGAACACUAUUGCCAGCCGUUGGUGUGAUGGGUACGAUAACCCAGAAAGCGCCGCUCCUCAAGCUUGUCCCGAACCUCCCCCUCCCCCACCGCCAUGGAUCCCUCAGCUGGUAGUGAUAGGCCCGAUGGCUCGUCCAUCAAACCUGUCUCCUCGCUACGCGCCCAGUUUGAGAAUAUGACGAAGCCGACCGAAUCGCAAGGGCCACCUGCGUUGCGACCCAUUUCACCUGCUCCGAAGCCUGAGAGACCACGCGAUGUGGCCCCGGCGCCUUCCAGGGAGUUACCAACAGUUCCGAAACACAGGCCCAAGGACAGGCUGGAUAUCCCUGGUUCGCGGACUCUAGGCCUGGGACCCAGCAGUGCUUCUCGCUCGCCAAACCGCCCUGGCCCCCCUCCACCGAUCAGCCCCAGGCCACUACGCCCCCCAUCUCUGAUGGUGGAACCUCCACAAUCACCACCCAAAGGUGGCGUAGAUAUGGCUGUUGGCGAGCGGCCGAGCUUUUUAAAUCCUGAAUUCGGACACAAGCCCCCUUCCUCUCCUGCGAGCUUGGCUCCUUCUUCUCCUGCGACCGGCGCGAGGGGUUUCAAGAUCCCCAGUCGGCCACAUACACCCAUACUUGAGUCACGGAGGUCACCCAGACUUAUUGCGUCUCAACCGCCGUCUCCCCCACCGCGUAGUCGCUCCGCCGAACUCAAGAGAGAGCGCGAGGCUAGGCAGGUUGCCCCGCCGGUCAACCGCGCCGAGAAGCCGAUGAUACCGUCUCGGGCAUCUUACAUCGCCGACAGCAACAACGCAUGGGACCUUAGGAGUCGUAUAGCGGAAAAGCACUCUCCCUUCAACAGUCCGCCUAGAAGCCAUGUGGAGGACGAGGAGGAGGAGAUGCCGCCCAUGCUCCCGAGACGUCGCUCACAGUUGCAGCCUCUGCCACCGCCGCAGUCGGAAGCGGUGCAAAGACCAAUGUCCCUUCAAUUUGGAUUUGAGCCCCCACCGGUCCAUCAUUCAGUGGCAAGCAAAUGGAAGGAGAGGGAGGAGAUAAAUGGAACAGCGAAGGGCGCCAUCACACCUCAGUUAACAGGCGAGUUGCGGCCGGCGCUACCCGCAAGGCCGCAGCCGAUAGUGGAGCAGCCGGCUGCGACACGGAAUGGGACCGUUUCGAUGCUACCGCCCCCUCGCCCACCAAGACCGGGUGUAAAUACGUCGGUUACGGACAAGGAUGCAACGAACAUAUCGCAGAAAAGGACUGUCUCGAACCCCACCAACACCAACAACACCCCCACGCCUCCGCCUCCGCCGCCGCCCUCAAGGGCCCAUGGGAGGCCAAGUCCUGUAGACCAGACGUCCGUCAGAGUGCCAAGCGGAGUUCAGGCGCCACCGCCUGCUGCAGGCAGGACAGGGGUGGAUGCAUCGCUGUCGAGUUCUAGCACAGGUGGCCCUACCAUGACCCAGACCAGCACUCGACUCGCAAUAUCCAAUACAUACCCAGACUCCACGAACACCAAUCGUCGGCCACCUUACAUUAAGCAGGGCGUUUACGAAAUCCCCACAAAAUAUGACAGUCGAAUAUUAGACGUUUGCGGGGAGCUGGUUUGCACCGGCGGUCAUUUGACGCGGGUUUGGAGCUUGUUGGAUGGAGAGCUCCUCAUGAGCCUUGCAAUGGGUGAAGGAAUCAAGGGGACGGCAGUUGCCUUCAAGCCGGGCGCGAAUGUCAGCGAGGAAGGCUCAAGAGUGUGGAUCGGCAAUAAUAUGGGCGAGAUUAUGGAGGCCGACAUUGCAACGCAGAGCAUCGUGAGCAACAAGACAAACGCCCAUGCUCGGCACGAAGUCGUCAAGAUAUACCGGCACUUCAAUGAGUUGUGGACUCUGGACGACGGUGGUACACUACACGUCUGGGGACCAGACGCGAACGGCGUCCCAAAUCUAGCCAACCCCCCCAGCCAGUCUUUCCGUCUGCCAAAAGGGCACACCUCUUCCAUAGUAGUAGGCGACGAGCUGUGGCAUGCCACGGGGAAGGAGAUCCGGGUGUUCUUACCUACGACGGACGGGCGGGCCCAGUUCCAGGUCUUGAUCCGCCCCCUCUGUCAGGAGAACAUCGGAGAGGUUACUUCUGGAACUUGGUCGACAUCUGAUUCUGACAAGGUCCUUUUCGGGCACAUCGAUGGCAAAAUCAGCAUAUAUUCUCGCGCAGACUACUCAUGCCUAGAGGUUGUGAGCAUCAGCACUUACAAGAUCAACACCCUUGCAACAGUGGGCAAGUAUAUGUGGGCUGGGUAUAAUACGGGCAAGAUCUGUGUCUACGACAUGAGCCAGACUCCGUGGGCAGUGAAGAAGGACUGGCAGGCACACGACAACCCUGUCAUAAGAGUGAUUGCAGAUCAGUCGAGCUUUUACAGGCUCGACCGAUAUCAAGUAAUAUCUCUUGGUGCCGACAACGUCGUGCGGGCGUGGGAUGGGCUUUUGCAGGACGACUGGCUGGAGACAGAGAUGAAGGCCAAGGACGUCCAAUAUUGCGAGUUCGAGAAGAUCAAGGCCCUGAUAUUGACGUGGAAUGCCGGCGCCACCACGCCAAACAGCCUGAGAUAUUCGGACUCGGAUGCAGGCUUUAUUCAGAACCUUCUUCAGACCAGCGGCUCGCCCGACAUACUGGUGUUCGGUUUCCAAGAGCUGGUAGACCUGGAGGACAAAACGGCGACUGCGAAACGGUUCCUCAAGCCCAAGAAAAAGGAAGGAUCCGACCAGGAGCGCAUGAGUCACCAGUAUCGCGAUUGGAGAGACUUCCUCGCCAGGAGCCUCGACGACUACAUGUCGGGCGACCUCUAUCAUCUUUUACAUACAGCCCCUCUUGUUGGACUCUUCACUUGCAUAUUCGUGAAGGCUGAUCUUCGCGACCGGAUCAGCAACCUCGGCGGCGCUGAGGUCAAACGAGGCAUGGGUGGUCUGCAUGGGAAUAAGGGCGCCAUUAUUGUGCGCUUCAUGAUUGACGACACUUCACUCUGCUUCAUCAACUGCCAUCUGGCAGCAGGGCAGUCUCAGGCUACCCACCGCCACAACGACGUUGCCGCCAUCUUAGACUCCUCGAUACUGCCUACAGAGCGUGACCCGUCGAUUCGAACGGACAGUUAUGUCGGAGGAGGGGACGGGACAAUGAUCCUCGACCACGAACUUUGCUUCCUGAACGGCGACCUGAAUUACCGCAUAGACACCAUGAGCCGGGACACGGUAGUCACCGCCGUCAAAUCUGGCAACCUGACCAAGCUCCUCGACCGGGACCAGCUCCUCGUGGCCCGCCGCAGAAACCCCGGCUUCAGAUUACGCGCCUUCGACGAGCUGCCGAUUACCUUCGCGCCGACAUACAAAUACGACGUUGGGACGGACAACUACGACUCGAGCGAGAAGAAGCGGAGCCCUGCGUGGUGUGACAGGCUGCUCUACAGGGGCAGGGGCAGGAUCGAGCAGCUCGAUUACAUCAGGCACGAAGUCAGGGUAUCGGAUCACCGCCCCGUCAGCGGACGAUUCAGGCUCACGGUCAAGAAGAUCUCGCCCAAGAAGCGGGCACUGGCGUGGAUGGAGUGCCAGCAACUAUGGGAGGAUACGAGAGAAAGGAUGGCAAAUGAGGAGAAGAUGUUCUAUCUGACGCAGGUCAUUGGUUAUGACAACCAAACCGCGCAGAGGUUAAUACAGGACAGAGCCCCUCGCAGGCCGAGCAGGAGUCCCAGCAGGCAUAGGGAUUGAGAAGCG